AUGGAUUCCCACCAAUCGUUCUUUGCUUUCACCCUCCAUCCCCCACCACCUUAUUCAAUCUUAGAUCAAUCAUGUCCGACAUUGAUGCUGACCUUUAUGGAGAUCUAUACGAAACCGACUUCGUUGACCAGGCUGCAGACGAAAAGCUUACUGAAACACCGGUACAGCAGCCGCAGGUCAAGACUGAGGUACCGGCGACCCCCAAGGCUCCAGAAGCUAUUAAAACCGCAUCAAGCAAUAAUCAUUCAGUCCCCACUACGUACGCCUUCUCGAAUGUCCCAACAACCGUUGCACCUUCAGUACAACAGAUACCAACAUACGAAGAGGUCUCAAAUGACUACACAUCGUCACGUCUAAGCGGCAUUCAGAGUAUCUCUUCUUCUGAACAGCGUCCUGUCCGUCCUUCAGAGAUGAAAGACGAUGGGAAGAUGUUUAUCGGUGGUCUACACUGGGACACAACUGAUGAUGGUCUGCGCACAUACUUUGAACAGUUUGGCAAAGUCGAAGCUUGUACUAUUAUGCGUGACCAAGCUGGUCGAUCACGAUGUUUUGCCUUCCUUACCUUUGAAGAUCCUGCUAGUGUGAAUGCCGUGAUGGUCAAAGAGCAUGUGUUGGAUGGUAAAAUUAUUGAUCCCAAACGCGCGAUUCCUCGUCAAGAACACCAACGUGCAACGAAGCUUUUUAUUGGAGGCCUAGCGGCAACGGUCACAUCUGAGUCGAUGAGAGAGUUCUUUUCCCAAUUUGGUCGGGUUGUGGACUCUACCGUUAUGUUAGAUCGCGAGACCGGACGAAGCAAGGGCUUUGGGUUUGUGUCGUUGGAGGAUGCCAAUGUUCAACCAUUUCUAGGAUUUGGUAACCUAGAGAUCGAUGGUAAACUGAUCGACGUAAAACUUGCGCAACCUCGAUAUCAACGAGAGCACUUCCAAGAAGAUGAAUCGACUGGUGGAAAUGACGGCGGAUUCAACAACCGUGCUGGAGGCGGUUACGCAAACAAUUUCCAAGGCGGAAGCGGCACUGCCGGAGGGCCUUUUAACGCGCCUGCCACCACGGGUCCAUCGUUUGACCCUCAAGCACUCGCCGCUUUGUACACCAGGAUGUUUCAAAUGACUAGUGGAGGAGGUAUGAACAUGAUGCCCAUGAUGGUCAUGAACAACAUGGCAGGGCGCGGAAUGGGCAUGGCAAGUGGCAUGGGCAGCAUGGGUAUGGGUAGGGGUGCUAUGCUACCAGAAGGAGCGUCAGCAGGGAUGGGUCAAAUUCCCAGAGGUCCCAGGGGUAAUCUGAACGGACCAGGUCCAGCGAGGUCGCAGAGGGGACAACAUAAUUAUCACCCCUAUGGCCGGUAGUUAUAUUUUUUUCUUGCAAUGUUGUGUCUAUGUGUUGUAAAUCAACUGUCGAUAUCAGAGUAGACCUAGGUUACUUAGACUGUAGUAAUAUUUGAUAAAACACCUACUCAAGCGCUCA